AUGGUCGCCAACAAGCAACUCUCCGCCUUCUUCUGCGUGCAUCUCGGUCAAGGGGUUUUCCGGUGCAAGAUCUGCAACAAGGAACGGAAGCAAGUGCCAGGAUCUAGCUACUCCAAUCUCCUGGCCCAUCUGGCAGGCAAGCACGAGGGCUACGAGGCUGUCUACGCGUCCUCUCAGAGCAACUCUAGCAGCUCGCUCCAAGCGUUCGGGUUUGUCUCGGAAGAGUCUAGCCAUCUGUUCCAGUGGAUCCAGUGGGUCGUCAUGCGGAACAUGCCUGUCAGUGAGGUGGAAGAUGACCUCACACGAGCGAUGAGCAAGCUUUGGUCU